AUGACCUCGAUCGAUAACGAUCCACUGUUUACGUCGUUGUGCAACGAAAAAACGCUCCAGUCGCAGAAGGAAGGUUUCUUCGGCGAGUUUUACCAGUCGGUGGCGGAAAACUUUACCGGCACAGGUGCCCACUGGCUGACGGACGUGUACCAGAAGGUGCCGACCGACCGGGAACGGUUGCGCCUGAUCUACGACGAUCCGGUCGUUGCGUAUGAGGUGCAGGGUACGCUCGAGCACGUAGAGCCCGUGUUCCGGGCGAAGGAUGCCAAGUUUUCCUGGCAGCGGCGCGAACAGGCGCUAAAGUUGCUCGGCGAGAACAAGCUGCAGCAGGCGCUCAUAAUGGCCUGCCAGGCGGUGAUGCGUGCCCCCGGCCAGGGUGUGGAUCGGUACAUUGACAAGGGUUUAACGCUGGCGCUUGCCCUGUGGACGCGGGCCGAGGUGUUCAUACGCCUGCUGGACGGUAAGCGCGCCCUGCAGGAUCUGCAGCUUGCCUCCAAAUGUGGACUGCCGGUGAAACAGAACGCGGACUAUUACGGCCGUGUUGCCAAGUGUUACGCGCUUUCGGGUGAGAAUGGGCGUGCCGAGGUGGCGGCCAAGUUGUUUCACCAGCUGUCCGGACACAACGAUUACGCCCUGACGCGUCUCAAGGAAGAUUUGGAGGAUUUGCGUGUGCUGAAGCAGGAGACACCGUCGGUUGAGGUGGAACGAACCAUACCCAAGCUGGCCGGGGAAGGUGAAAGCGACGAAAUUGCUGGUGCAUCUACCAAGAUUAAGCUGGCCGGUGGUAAGGAGGAUCCUCGCGGUCGUUACGUGGUCGCGGCGGCCGAUCUCGGUCCCGGUGAGGUUAUUCUUACCGAGCAGGCGUAUGCCGCCUGUCUCUAUCCGAAAUACUUUGGAACGCACUGUAACGCUUGCUUCUGCAGAUUGGUAGCACCCGUCGCUUGUCCGGAUUGUUGUGGUGUUGCGUUCUGCUCGGUAGCCUGCCGGGAUAAGGCCUGCGCCACGUAUCAUCGCUUCGAGUGCCAGUAUCUCGACCUAAUGAUCGGUUCCGGCAUGUCCAUCCUUUGCCACGUUGCCCUGCGCAUGGUCACGCAGGCUGGCACACCCCAGAAGGUGAUCGCCGAGGGGCAAAUGUUGCGCGACACGUUUUGCGCCCACACCGAGCACCGUGACCCGGAGGAUCACUUCAAGCGUACGCUCAUGACCGCAUUUCUGCUGCGUUGCCUGCAGAAAGCGGAAUUCUUCGGCCGCCGUACAACGGAAGCACCGGAACCGACCGAGCUGGAGCUGCAGGUGGGUACGGUGCUGCUUUCCGCCCUGCAAUCGUUACAGUUCAACGCCCACGAGGUGUACGAAACGCGCAUCACCGGCGAACAUCGGUUCGACACGGCAAAGGUGCAGUACAUCGGCGUCGGCAUUUAUCGCGGCGCCUCGAUGUUUAACCACGAAUGCUACCCGGGCGUAACGCGCUCGUUUCUCGGCACCUCGAUGAUACUGCACACGAGCCGCCCGAUACCGGCCGGCGCCAUUGUGCCGGAAAACUAUGGUCCACACUUUCUGCGCCAGCCGAAACCGACCCGGCAGCGGAAUCUGCGGUCGCGCUACUGGUUCAAAUGCGAUUGCCGCGCGUGCACCGAGGAUUGGCCGCUGAUGGAAAAGCUACCGGCCAGGCCACGGUUGCGCUGCACCACCGCGGAUUGUGGGAAUGCACUGGCCUACCCGGCCAAACCGGCGCAGCGUACGGUGAAGUGUGGCAGGUGCAAGAAGCAGAUCAACCUGGAGGCGAACGUGAAGAUGCUCGAGGCGAGCGACGAACUGUGCACUACCGGUGCGGAAAUGAUGGCGUCUCAUCAGUUGGAGGACGAGCGCGUGGACGAAGCGAUCGAACUGCUGAAGAAGGGCAUCACAUUGUUUGCGCAGGUGGCGGUACCACCGCACAAAACCGCACACGUUGCCGAGGAAUCAUUGCGAUCUUGCUUUGCGGACAAGGGUAACGCUAAUCGCUACUGA